AUGAUCUGGGCCGUUGAAUGUGGACAGAUGGAGAUGGGAGGCAGACGGGAGGGAAAGAAGGAAAGAGGCGGGGAGAACAGAGGUAAGAGGAAAGGAAGUGGUAAGAGGAAAGAGGAAAGGAAGAGGAAAGGAAGAGGAAAGAUGUAUGAGGAAAGAGGUGAGAGGAAAGGAAGAGAAAGAGGUCAGAGGAAAGAGGUGCGAGGAAAAGAAGAGCAAAGAGGUCAGCGGCAAGAGGUAAGAGAAAGAGGAUCGAGAGGAGAGGAAGAGGUGAGAGGAAAGAGGAAAGAGGUGAGAGGAAAGAGGAAGAGGAAAGUGGAAAGAGGUGAGAGGAAAGAGGAAAAGGAAAGAGGAAGAGGAAACAGGAAAGAGGUGAGAGGAAAGAGUAAGAGGAAAGAGGAAAGAGGUGAGAGGAAAGAGGAAAAGGAAAGAGGAAGAGGAAAGAAGAAAGAGGUGAGAGGAAAGAGGAAAAGGAAAGAGGAAGAGGAAAAGGAAAGAGGAAGAGGAAAGAAGAAAGAGGUGAGAGGAAAGAGGAAAAGGAAAGAGGAAGAGGAAAGAGGAAGAGGAAAGAGAAAGAGGAAAGAGGAAAGGAAGAGGCAAGAGGAAAGGAAAAGGAAUGAAAAGGAAGAGGAAGAGGAAGGGGAGACGAAAGCGAGGACGACGACGGUGCUUGAAACCCUCUCUCGAGCGACACACAGAUGCGCUCACUCACAUAGAGAGAGGCACUCUCACUCACCGCCUUCUUCUCCUGCCCUCCCUCGUCCCUGA